UGGCCAUAUUGGAUCCAUUCAGCCGCAGCCACUCGGGGCGGGCAGAGCCCCGCGCCGCGCUCAGCUCCGGCCAUGGCCGCCACCGACCUGGAGCGCUUCUCGAAUGAAGAGAAGAGGAACCUUUCCCUUGGGGGCCAUGUUGGCUUUGACAGCCUCCCGGAUCAGCUGGUCAGCAAGUCUGUCACGCAGGGCUUCAGCUUCAACAUCCUCUGUGUGGGUGAGACGGGCAUUGGGAAAUCCACACUAAUGAACACACUCUUCAAUACCACGUUUGAGACCGAAGAAGCCAGCCACUAUGAGAACGCGGUUCGCCUGCGGCCACGGACCUACGACCUGCAGGAGAGCAACGUGCACCUGAAGCUGACCAUCGUGGACGCGGUUGGGUUCGGGGAUCAGAUAAAUAAAGACGAAAGUUACAGGCCGAUAGUUGAGUACAUUGAUACGCAGUUUGAAAAUUAUUUGCAAGAGGAGCUGAAAAUCCGCCGUUCUCUGUUCAACUAUCAUGACACGAGGAUCCACGUCUGCCUGUACUUCAUCACCCCCACUGGGCACUCCCUCAAGUCCUUGGACCUGGUGACAAUGAAGAAGCUGGACAGCAAGGUGAACAUUAUCCCGAUCAUUGCCAAAGCAGACACCAUCUCCAAGAGCGAGUUGCACAAGUUUAAGAUAAAGAUUAUGAGCGAGCUGGUCAGCAACGGUGUGCAGAUCUAUCAGUUCCCCACGGACGACGAAGCAGUGGCUGAGAUCAACUCUGUGAUGAAUGCUCAUCUGCCCUUUGCUGUGGUUGGCAGCACAGAGGAGGUGAAGGUGGGGAACAAGCUGGUGAGAGCUCGGCAGUACCCGUGGGGAGUGGUGCAAGUUGAGAAUGAAAGUCACUGUGACUUUGUGAAACUGCGAGAAAUGCUGAUCCGAGUCAACAUGGAGGAUCUUCGGGAGCAGACCCACACCCGCCACUACGAGCUGUACAGGAGGUGCAAACUGGAGGAGAUGGGCUUCAAGGACACGGACCCAGACAGCCAGCCCUUCAGCCUGCAAGAAACAUACGAGACCAAAAGAAAAGAAUUCUUGGGUGAGCUCCAGAAGAAAGAGGAAGAAAUGAGACAAAUGUUUGUUAACAAAGUCAAGGAGACGGAGGCAGAGCUGAAGGAGAAGGAGAGAGAGCUGCAUGAGAAGUUUGAGCACCUGAAAAGGAUACACCAGGAAGAGAAAAGGAAGGUGGAGGAAAAGAGGAGAGAGCUGGAGGAAGAGAUGAACGCCUUCAACAGGCGGAAAGUGGCGGUGGAAACCUUGCAGUCCCAAUCCUUGCAGGCUACCUCACAGCAGCCGCUGAAGAAGGACAAAGACAGGAAAAAUUAAUCACAUACAGACUUUCAGGCCAAGAGUGGACUUGGUGCUUUCAUGUGUUUAAGUUGCUUGAGUUCCCCACCCCGUGACCCUUCUCAUAACAUUGUGUGCGUGGACCAAAGCGAAAGAGACCACGAGCAUCUCCAGUGGUUGCUGUGUCACGACUUGCUGUGAUCUGUGCUGUGUUUGAGGACGUAACCUUACUGUGUAAAUGCUUCUAAACAACAUCAACUCAUCCCCAAAGUGAGACGUCCUGUCCUAAGCCCAGCAGCUGUGUGUCAGGUGUCUGCAGCAGUUGGCCUGAGCUCCCCUUACCCAGCAGCUGAAUGCUCACUCCCUAGAUUUCGUUUGAUUGUCAUUGGUUAUGGGGACUGUUCGAGCCAUCGCUCCACUGUUUCCCUCCCUCUGAAGGUGCUCAGAUGGGAGGAGUGAUGUGAAGGAUGCCGAAACGUUUAUUUUUCUAACAAAAUCCUGGAUUUGAAUAAGUUUAGAACACGGGCAAAGCCCAGAGCUCAGAACCUCCGCCUUGGGAACCUUGGUCCGAGUCACCCCUGUUCCCCUAAUUAUAUAUUUUAAUCCUGAAUUUCUCUAUAAACAUAUUCUUCCUCAUUUAUAAUAUAUAUACAUAUAUACAUAUAUAUAUAUAUAGAAAGAGAGAGUGGUUAAUAAAACUCAUGGGACAA